AAGAAGAAGGAGAAGAAGAAGAAGAAGAAGGUGUUAUUGGCGCCAUUAGUCCUGACCACAGUCUCUGGACGUCUGAAUAAACCUCUGGCGGACUUUCAUCUGCUCACCUUUUUCUGGAUCUUUCCUCUGAAUCGUCUCCCGAUAGCGUGCUGAGCUAUUAGUUAGCUUAGCUAUGAGCUAUUAGUUAGCUUAGCAUGCUAGCUGGAAACAGACCGAAGUUAGAAACACAGCGCUAGUCCGAGGUUAACGGAGAGAAACGGCGUUUUUAACGGGGUUUAUUUGGAGGAAACGUCUGUGAUUCAGUGAAGAUGUCUGAAGUCCAUGUGCUGAAAUAUUUAGUGAAGCAGCGACUCGCUGAGACCGCUGAAGAGAUAUUUGGGCUGUUUGAAAGAACAAUAGCAGAGUACGAGGAGGAAGCUUCUAGAUUAAAAGAGGACAACGAGCGACUGAAGAAACAUCUGCACGCUGUUUUCUCCCCGGAAGUCCGCAUACAAAGAGCAGACCUCCAGCAGCUUCUUGUGAUUAAGGAAGAGCAGCAGGAGGAUCCAGAGCCCCCCAACGUUAAAGAGGAACAGGAGGAUCCAGAGCCCCCCAACGUUAAAGAGGAACAGGAGGACCCAGAGCCCCGCCCCACUAAAGAGGAGCAGCUUCAAGGGCUGGAGAAGGCUGACAUGAAGGUCUUAUACACUCCUGUGAAAAGUGAAAAUGAUGUAGAGGAAGCUCUGUCCUCUCACCUUUAUCAGAGACAUACUAAACAGAUGGAUACAGAAGGUGAUGGAGAGGACAGUAGAGUACCAGAACUAGACAGGAACUCUUGUCUAGAUUGUCCCUCAGAACCAGAUAGCAAUGAAAAUACUGAAGACUCUUCUGAGCCGAAGGACAGUGAUGAUCGGAAGGAAACAUUUGGUUGCCUUAAAAAGAUGAAGGGACACAUGAUGACCCACACAUCAGGGAAACCUUUCAGCUGCUCAGAGUGUGGUAAAUGUUUCACCCAAAGGGGAAGUCUAAAAAUACACGAGAGAUGUCACACAGGGGAGAAACCUUUCAGUUGCUCAGAGUGUGGUAAAUGUUUUCCCGUAAGUGGACGUCUUAAGACACACAUGAUAAUUCACACAGGGGAGAAACCUUUCAGCUGCUCACAGUGUGGUAAAUGUUUCGCUUUAAGUGGAAGUCUUAAGAUACAUAUGAGAUGUCACACAGGGGAGAAACCUUUCAGCUGCUCAGAGUGUGGUAAAUGUUUCACAACAAGCGGACAACUGAAGACACACAUGAUAUUUCACACAGGGGCGAAACCUUUCAGCUGCUCAGAGUGUGGUAAAUGUUUCACAACAAGCGGAAAACUGAAGACACACAUGAGAUGUCACACAGGGGAGAAACCUUUCAGUUGCUCAGAGUGUGGUAAAUGUUUCCCCGUGAGUGAACGUCUUAAGACACACAUGAUAAUUCACACAGGGGAGAAACCUUUCAGCUGCUCACAGUGUGGUAAAUGUUUUGCUUUAAGUAGAAGUCUUAAGAUACACAUGAGAUGUCACACAGGGGAGAAACCUUUUAGCUGCUCAGAGUGUGGUAAAUGUUUCACUGUAAGUGGAAGUCUUAAGACACACAUGAAACGUCACACAGGGGAAAAACCUUUCAGCUGCUCACAGUGUGGUAAAUGUUUCGCUUUAAGUGGACGUCUUAAGACACACAUGAUAAUUCAUACAGGGGAGAAACCUUUCAGCUGCUCACAGUGUGGUAAAUGUUUCGCUUUAAGUAGAAGUCUUAAGACACACAUGAUAAUUCACACAGGGGAGAAACCUUUCAGCUGCUCACAGUGUGGUAAAUGUUUCGCUUCAAGUGGAAGUCUUAAGAUACACAUGAGAUAUCACACAGGGGAAAAGCCUUUCAGUUGCUCACAGUGUGAUAAAUGUUUCACAACAAGCGGACAACUGAAGAUACACAUGAUGUUUCACACAGGGGCGAAACCUUUCAGCUGCUCACAGUGUGGUAAAUGUUUCACAACAAGCGGACAACUGAAGAUACACAUGAGAUGUCACACAGGGGUGAAACCUUUCAGCUGCUCAGAGUGUGGUAAAUGUUUCACUGUAAGUGUAAGUCUUAAGACACACAUGAGAUGUCACACAGGGGAGAAACCUUUCAGCUGCUCAGAGUGUGGUAAAUGUUUCACUGUAAGUGGACGUCUUAAGACACACAUGAAAUGUCAUACAGGGGAGAAACCUUUCAGCUGCUCACAGUGUGGUAAAUGUUUCGCUUUAAGUAGAAGUCUUAAGGCACACAUGAGAUGUCACACAGGGGAGAAACCUGUGCUCACAUUACAUGUUAUUUAGCUGACUCUUUUAUCUAAAACGACUUACAUUGCAUUAUAACCCGUUACAUUUUUGCCUGGGGAGCAAUUAGGUGUUAGGUGUCUUGCUCAGGGACACUUCGACAUGGCACAUGGGGCAGCCGGGAUUUGAACCACCAACCUUGCGGCCCCCAGCGCACUGCACAGUGUAGUAGAUGUUUUACUGCAUUUGGAAGUCUGAAGAGACACAUUCUGUAUCACACAGGGGACUGCUCACAUUGUGGUAAAUGUCUCGCUGUAAGCAGAAGUCUGAAGACACACAUGAGAUUUUACGCAGUGAAAAAAACUAAUUGGCUCAAAAUGUGAUAAAGGUUUCACUCAAGCAGCUCUCCAGUUUGGUUUCUGAAGUGGUAACAGCAUGAAGUUGGGCUCUACUGUAUCUAGCUAAUGCAGCUCAACCUCCUCCAUUGGCUCUUGUUGCUUGUCUCUAAAGCCCCUUUGUCACGCAAAUGUCCCGGAAACCAGAACCAUCUAUCUUGAUUGCCUGUUCAGGCUUCAGUAAGGGGCCUCUGUUCGUUUUUUUCAGACCAGCUGCCACAACAUGAGUUUACAUCUUUGUCGUUCCCCCUGAGGUUUCUUUUUUUCCUCCUUUUUUGGGGGGGAAUCUUUUCAUCUGCGGAUGUGAGGGUUUUGGGACAGAGGAUGUUGCAUGAUUACAUACCGUGAAGCCCUCUGAGGCUAGUAUGUGAUUUUGGACUUUAAUAUUAAUUGAAGUCUCUUCAGGCAGAUGUUUAGUAAAUUCAUAUUCUGAGAACACAACUCCAAAGAUAAUUACAUCCUUCCAAUGAAUAACCUUAAGUUACGUUGCCUACUGUUAAAAUUGUAAUGUUACCCAGCCUUUUAUUGACUUUUCAACUUGUAGAAAUACAAGUUUGACUGAUUUAUAUGUUCCAUUUGUGUUACUGCAGGCUCUCCUAUUACCUGCAUGAUUAUUUGUGACCGUCUCAAUUCUGUUGUUUUGCAUGUUACUUUACUUUCACUUUGUUUUCCCUUUUUUUCAGGAAAUAUGUUGUUGGGAUUUAGAUUAGAUGUUUUCCUGGUUAUUUUGAUACUCAUUGUCUGUUCAUCUUCAUUUUGAGCUGAGUACAUAUUUGAUUGUCAAAAUAAUGUAUCUGUGUAUUAAGAAACAAAACAAGAAUGAAAUCCUACUGUCAUUUCACAUUGCUGAGCGAGAAGAGUUGCUGAAAAUGAUAUGAAGGCAAUACAUUUUAAUUUUUUUGCAUAAGUGAAUAAAUGUUGAAA